GUUAGUUUUCCGGAAGCAAAUAUUGAAGACGAAGAAAAGAAGGAACAGCAGAUUCUGCAAGACCUCGUCAAAGAAAUCGCCAAGGCAAAAAAGCAAAUUAUUUCACUCCAAGAUGAACUAGAUAAGAUGUCAGAGGACUGCUUCCAACAGCAAGAAGAAGUAAUCCAACUUUUGUCUGAGGUAGUGGAUCUUCAGCGUCAAGUUCGUUCGGAGACUGUUGAGAAUGAAGAUCUGCAGGAAAGUUUGCAUGCAUCAAAGGAAAGCCAAGCAGUUCUUUUAAAGGAACGGGACGAACUAAGAGAAAGACACUCGAAACUUUCCUCGGCUUUCCAAGAAGCUCAGGAACAAAAUAAAAAGCUCUGUCGUACCUGUCUGCCGAGUGCCAAACGAUGGAAGUACACCAUGAAUACCCUGUACUUAAACCCUGCCUCUUUGGCCUCGGAACUCGAGACAUCUCUUAACAGGGAUAGUGAAGGCUUGCUUUGGACAACUUGGUUUCAAUCAGUAGCGUAGGUAGACCUAGUUUCCCAGAGUCGACUGACUUUGAAACAACCUUGUCCCGACAAGGGGUUCAGGGUGACCCUAAAGUUCUAUUCCGACCUGGGAUGGACAAGGGAAACCCAAUCGGUAAAUCUGACGUCAAUGAAGACAAAGUGUCAAAGUCAAACCAGGACUUUAUUAAAAAUAAAGAAGUGUUAGAUGGGCGUGCAACAGCUUCGAUUACAAGUCUUUGUUACCACCUGUCUGAAAAACUACAGAUCAUUAAACCAUUAGAAGGUUCACUCACGCUUCAUCGGUGGCAGAGAUUGGCUACUCCCAACCUUGGAGGAAUCUUCGAGACUAGGCCUGGAAUACAAGUAAAAGAAGAGGUUCACAUACCUCAGUUAGAAGCUGAUGUUUUCACACUAGGUGAUUUGGAAGAAGAU